UAUAGAGAGAUGGAUGAGAGUCUUGCAAACCUCUCAGAAGAUGAGUAUUACUCCGAAGAAGAGAGAAAUGCUAAAGCUGAGAAAGAGAAAAAACUACCCCCACCACCUCCACCAGCCCCUGCAGAAGAAGAGAAUGAAAGUGAGCCAGAGGAGCCAUCUGGGCAAGCAGGAGGACUUCAAGACGACAGUUCUGGAGGGUAUGGAGACGGCCAAGCAUCAGGUGUGGAGGGUGCAGCUUUCCAGAGUAGACUUCCACAUGACCGUAUGACUUCUCAAGAGGCUGCCUGCUUCCCUGAUAUAAUCAGUGGCCCCCAGCAGACUCAGAAGGUGUUUCUGUACAUCAGGAACCGCACUCUGCAACUCUGGUUGGAUAAUCCGAAGAUUCAGCUGACUUUUGAGGCAACUAUCCAACAACUAGAUACACCUUACAAUAGUGACACAGUGCUUGUUCACAGAGUCCACAGCUACUUGGAGCGCCAUGGGCUGAUCAACUUCGGCAUCUACAAACGAGUGAAGCCUCUUCCAACCAAGAAGACUGGAAAGGUGAUCAUUAUCGGCUCUGGAGUCUCUGGCUUGGCAGCUGCUCGGCAGUUGCAGAGUUUUGGAAUGGAUGUCACAGUUCUGGAAGCCAGAGACCGAGUGGGAGGGAGAGUCGCAACCUUCCGCAAGGGGAACUACGUUGCUGACCUGGGAGCAAUGGUGGUAACAGGACUGGGAGGAAAUCCCAUGGCUGUGGUCAGCAAACAAGUGAAUAUGGAACUGGCAAAGAUCAAACAGAAAUGCCCACUUUAUGAAGCAAAUGGACAAGCUGUUCCCAAAGAGAAAGAUGAAAUGGUGGAACAGGAAUUUAAUCGUCUGCUGGAAGCUACAUCCUAUCUCAGUCAUCAGCUGGACUUUAAUGUUCUCAAUAAUAAGCCUGUGUCCCUAGGGCAGGCUCUGGAGGUUGUCAUACAAUUGCAGGAGAAGCAUGUGAAGGAUGAGCAGAUUGAACACUGGAAAAAAAUUGUUAAAACACAGGAGGAAUUGAAGGAUCUUCUUAACAAGAUGGUGAAUUUAAAAGAGAAGAUUAAAGAACUCCAUCAGCAGUAUAAGGAAGCGUCGGAAGUGAAGCCUCCCCGAGAUAUUACAGCAGAGUUCCUUGUGAAGAGCAAACACAGAGACCUGACUGCCCUUUGCAAGGAGUAUGAUGAAUUGGCAGAAACACAAGGAAAGCUGGAAGAGAAGUUACAAGAACUUGAAGCCAAUCCACCAAGUGAUGUUUAUUUGUCAUCAAGAGACAGACAGAUACUGGACUGGCAUUUUGCAAACCUAGAAUUUGCUAAUGCUACCCCCCUCUCUACACUCUCACUGAAGCACUGGGACCAGGAUGAUGACUUUGAAUUCACAGGCAGUCACCUGACUGUGAGGAAUGGAUAUUCCUGUGUGCCAGUAGCCUUGGCAGAAGGGUUGGACAUUAAAUUGAACACAGCAGUGCGACAGGUUCGCUACACAGCGUCAGGCUGUGAAGUGAUAGCUGUAAACACCAGAUCUACCAGCCAGACCUUCAUUUAUAAGUGUGAUGCUGUGCUGUGCACUCUGCCCUUGGGAGUGCUGAAGCAGCAGCCUCCAGCAGUUCAGUUUGUGCCACCUCUGCCAGAGUGGAAAACUUCUGCAGUGCAGCGAAUGGGAUUUGGCAACCUGAACAAGGUGGUGUUGUGUUUUGAUCGUGUCUUCUGGGAUCCAAGUGUCAACUUGUUUGGUCAUGUUGGCAGCACUACUGCAAGCAGAGGAGAACUGUUCCUCUUUUGGAACCUGUACAAAGCACCAAUUUUGCUGGCCUUGGUAGCAGGAGAAGCAGCAGGGAUCAUGGAGAACAUCAGUGAUGAUGUCAUUGUUGGUCGAUGCCUUGCCAUCCUCAAAGGCAUAUUUGGCAGCAGUGCUGUGCCCCAGCCUAAGGAGACCGUGGUGUCCCGCUGGCGUGCUGACCCCUGGGCCCGAGGGUCCUACUCCUAUGUAGCAGCUGGAUCCUCUGGAAAUGACUAUGAUUUGAUGGCUCAGCCAAUUACUCCAGGACCAGCCAUUCCAGGUGCUCCACAG